AUGAUUUUUACCAAACCUCCUUUACCUUUCAUAGGUAAUAAGUCGAAGAUCAGGAAAGAUCUUAUCGACAUACUCAAAGACAUCAAAGGGGAUUAUGUCUUCGUUGACCUAUUUGGUGGUUCUCUCUAUAUCUCUCAUCUGUUGCAUAUUAUGUUCCCAAAAGCAACGAUCAUAGCUAACGACUAUGAUAACUACGUUGAUAGACUGAAACACAUUCAUGACACGAAUGAAAUACUUAAGGAACUUAAGGAGAGAAUAAAUGUUAAGCCAGAUGAGAAAAUUCCUACUGAUCAGAAAGAGAUCGUCAGAGAAGUUAUAAGUAAAGCUCCAUACAUAGACUGGGAUACAUUAUGUUCACGUCUUCUCUAUUCUGGAGCAUACAAAUACUAUGAUCUUGACACAUUAAUGAAGAAAGUGUUAUACCUCAGAUAUACUAACUUAUUUGGUGAAAACAUAGAUGACUAUCUUGAAGGUUUAACUAUUGUUCAUAAAGAUUGGAGAAUACUCUUCAAUGAGUAUAAAGAUCUUCCCAAUGUUUUCUUUAUAUGUGAUCCUCCAUACUUCCAUACUUAUUCUAUACAGUAUGGAGAUGAAUGGACUCUUAAA